UCCUCUCCUCCUCCCUGAGCAGAUCGAAGAGCGACAAAUAAACCCCCUUAGCGGCCACCACGUUAUAUAUAACCACUAUCUACAUUCUCUAACAAGUUUCUCUGAAUAAGCUGCAGGAAGCUAAGCUCGGUGUAGACGAAGCUAGCAUAGCACAUGGGAGGGAAGUCUUCCUUCUCCUUCUUCUGCCCCAUGUUCAGCUUCCUGUCGAGGUCGAGCUCGAGGAGGUACGACGACGGCUACAUGAGCGACUGGGAGAGCGCUCGGCCGCAGAGGUACGGGAGCAAGGUGCGGUCCAGCGACGAGGACUACGGCUGGUGGGUCGGCGAGCGCGACGUCGACCGCAAGGCCGCCGACUACAUCAACGACUUCCACCAGAAAAAGGUCUCCGUCUAACACCACGAAGAACCUACCUACGUACCACUACAAUAUGUAUGCAUACUAGGAGCCGAGUAUGUAUCAACAGCCAUGUGCCGGCAGAACAAAAAGGCUAGCUCUUGCAUUCAUGGUUCUUCUUGUUACCACGCUGUGUUGAUUUCAGAGAGUGAUCGAAUGAAUAAUACUGUAUUUGCGUUGCAGAUCUAGGUCUCUAUGCAUUUUGUCUUAGACAGCGUGUGUGUGAUACCGUACGUUAUGUGAAGGUAGCGGCUGGGAUGGAUGGAUGUGUCACA